GGUGAGGAGGGGUGGGGGGGUGGGCAGCACCUUUCCAGUACUGGGGCUUUCUUCCCCUCUUCACCAAGAGCCCCAUGGGGUGCCUAGAGAUGCUCACCUAACCCCACUGCUCCAUCCUGCAGCUAGCAAACGCCAGUGGCCUUUUUAGCCUUUUCUCUAAUUUAUUCUCCUCCCCAUCCCGCCCUGCCUGAGGUGCAAUGGGGGGGGACACGUAACUGACCCAGCACAACCCCAGCCCCAGUCCAAUCCAGCACCCAUCCUGCUUUGGGCGUGGGCUGAGCCCCCCUGCCCCGAUCACAUCCCCUAGGGGCAUCCCGGCAGGGCUGGGGGGCAAAGGUGGGUCCCGGGCUGGGGCAGUGCUACAGCUCGGCAGGUGGCUUGUUUACUGUGUAAGCAAGAUGGGCAGGAUGUGUCUCGUACAAGGGAGACUCGUGUAGGAAUAAAUUUUAGCUGGAACAGAGCGCUGUGUGCGUGUGUGCUUGGCUCAGGGCUCCAGCAGAGGGAGGGAAACUGAGUCAGGAUUCAAUCUAGAAGGAACCGUGACACGGGGCUCGCCUGCAGCAAGUGGAUGUGGUUGUGGUGUGUCCAUGGGGCACAGGGAGCUUCUCCUCCUCCUACUGUGCCCAUGCUCUGCCCCCAAAGCCCUGAACAAAAGCCUCUUUCUGCCCAGCUCAGGCACAGACCUGUGGCAUUAAAAGGCAGCAGGAACGCAGGCAGCAGCGCUCAGACAGCAGCAAGGGGGGACAAGAGGGAAGGAGGGGUGCACACCCAACACAGCCCCUCCAGGGCUGCCCCACUCCCACCAGCACCUGGAAAGCCAUGUCCCCAGCCUCUGGGGCAGUCUUCCAGCUCUGGUGCGAGCACACUUUCCCCUUUAAGAUGUGGGAUCUCCGUGCCAGGGCCUGACCUCGGCAUCCUCAGCUGAGCUGGAUUAACGGGGCAGAGGGAAGGGGCCCACCGAGGAGAGCAGGGCCUCCCAGGGCUCCCCACACAGCCAUAGGGCUCUGUGGGGCUGAGCACACGUGGGCACAGCCAGCACUGGAUGCGAUGGGAGCAUCCAGAGAGCAGUGGGUGGAGGGAUAUGCAACCAUGCUGCGGAGCAAAGCACUUUGGGGGUGCUUUUAAGUGCUCUGUACCAGGAGUGCUGCUACCAUGAAGGACUUCACCGAAAUCACGCUUUGCCCCGAGGCUCUGGAGCGCAGCAAGGUAGGGCUGGGGCAGGGGUGCCACCCGAUGGGUCUCCACAGUGCAGUCCCCACAGUGCCACGCAUCAUUGCUUUCGUGCAGACUGAGUUCUGCAACCCCGUCUUUGAGGGAGAGGAGCCCCUGGCAGUGCCUCCAGCUGAGCAGCCACCGGACGAGGAUGGGGUGGGAGCCACAUCACCCCAGGAUGCCCUCGUCGCUGGCAUUCUGGGGACGAGAAGCUGGGCUCAGGGGGUGGCACAGGGCCGGGGACACGGCAGCACCCCGCUCUGCCCUCUCUCCUCACCCUCCCCAGGCCGGCAGCUCUGGGUGCAGGCGGGCUGGCAGUACCGUGCCGACUGCAGGUUCACCUGGCUCUGCGUGGCUCUGAUGAGUGCUGUUCUCCUCUUCCUCAUCGCCCUCCUGCUGGGCAUCAUCAUCCACCAGCUGACAUCCCCACCACCACCUCACUCCCCGGCUGCAGCCCUGCCCGCCCGCAGCACCGCCACCACCACUGUGGCACCCAGCCAGAGAGACCCCCAGGACCCCAAAGCCUCCCCCCCAACCCAUGGCCGACCACCUGCAGCCAGCACUCCGGCACCAGCGUGCGGUGGGACCCUGCGUGGCCCCGAGGGCUCCUUCAGCUCCCCCAACCACCCCGACCCCUACCCACCCCAUGCUCUCUGCAUAUGGCACAUCGAGGUGGCAGCUGGCAUGGCCAUCCAGCUGACAGUGGAUGUGUUCAGCGUGGAGGGCACCGCCUCCUGUCUCUUCGACCGGCUGGAACUCUAUGAGGAGCAGGGGACCCGGGGGGGCACUGCCAGGUUCUGUGGCAGCGUGGUCCCCCCAACCUUCAACAGCAUCUCCAACCACCUGCGUGUCACCUUUGUCUCUGAUGGCAGUGUGGGGGCACCAGGCUUCAGUGCUCGGUACCGUGCUGUGGCCCCCAGUGAGAAGAGCUGUGCAUGGGAUGAGCACUUUUGUGACCAGGGGCUCUGCAUCCACCUGGGCUUUGUCUGUGAUGGGUUCCACGACUGCGAGGAUCGGAGCGAUGAGGCCAACUGCAGCGUGAAGCACAAAGAGUGCGGGGGGCCGCUGACCGCUCUGGAGGGGCACUUCUCCACCCCGAGCCACCCCCAGCCAUACCCACACCAGCAGCUGUGCCUCUGGCAGAUCUCUGUGCCCCUGGGUCACAUCAUAGACCUGCACUUCCACAACUUCAGCCUGGAGUCACACGAGGACUGCAGCUUUGACUUCGUGGAGGUUCACGACAGCGCAGGCACCGGGACUGCCAGCCUCAUGGGCAGGUUCUGUGGCCACCAGCUGCCACCCGACCUGACCUCGUCACGCCACAUCAUGACAGUCCUCUUUGUGGCAGAUGAAGGAGUAGCAGACACUGGAUUCUUUGCCACCUACCAAGCCCGCAAUGCUACAGAAAGUACGAGCUUGGGCUGGAGAUUCCCCGGCUCUGUGCCCAUCCCAUCCCCUGUUCUGGCAGAGACCUGCAGCCCCGCAGAGUUUUCCUGUGGCAACGGCGAAUGCCGGGCACUGGAGUCCGUGUGCGACGGCUGGCACGACUGCCCCGAUGGCACCGAUGAGCUGAACUGUACUGGGGUCUCCUACCCUGCAUUUGGCUCCAUCUGCGAGCCGGUGGAGGUGGAGAUGUGCCUGGGGCUGGGCUACAAUGCCACCUCCUUCCCCAACAUCUGGCUGGCCAUCCCAGACCAGGCCGGAGCUGCCGAGGUGCUGCAAGACUACCAGACGCUGAUGGAGCUCGUCUGCUACCAGCACCUCCGCCUGCUCAUCUGCAGCCUCUUUGUGCCCAAGUGCACACCAGAUGGGGGUGUCCUGCAGCCCUGCCGUGCUGUCUGCCUGGCUGCUGAGCUGCGCUGCCAGCACUCCCUGGGUCUCCUCGGCAUCCUCUGGCCCAUCAACUGCAACAUCCUGCCCGACUCCAACGACCCCGUGGAGUGCUUCCAGCCCUGAGAUGGCGAGGGAAGAGGAGCGGAGGCCCAGUUCAGUGCCCAGAUGCCAUGGGCUUUUUGCAGGACUGAGUUCCCGGAGAGGGCAUCUGAGCCCUCAGCAGCAGAGCUGUUAAUGCUCCGUGAAUGGAGCAGGGCUGGGCCAGGGUGAGCUGGACUACAGGCUGUCCCCCAGCCCCAGAGACAGCAAAAUAAAAAGCAUG